AUGAGCCCUCCCUCAGGAGCUACCCGCCUGACUCGGACCGGCAGCAGGCAGCUGUAGCGGCCGUGAAGGAUGUGGACGCGUACAACUGGGGGUACGACCCGGUGCAUUGGGGUGUGCCGGACGGCAGCUAUGCCUCUCAGGCUGAUGGCCCUGCCCGCACCCUCGAGUUCCGCUCCAUGGUGCAGGGAGUGAAUGGCAUGGGGCUGCGCGUGGUGCUGGACGUGGUAUACAACCACCUCUACGCCAGCAGCCCUCACAGCCCCUUUUCUGUGCUCGAUAAGGUGGUACCCGGGUACUACGUGCGGAGGGACGCGGAGGGGCGCGUGGAGAGCAGUGCGUGCUGCAACAACACGGCGAGCGAGCAUGCCAUGGUGGAGCGGCUCAUAGUGGAUGAUGUGCUCAUGUGGGCCACGCAGUACAAGGUGGAUGGGUUCCGGUUCGACCUCAUGGGGCACCUCAUGAAGCACACCAUGCUGCGCAUCCGCUCAGCACUUGAUGCGCUCACCAUCAAGGAGCAUGGGGUGGACGGCAAGGCCAUCUACCUGUACGGCGAGGGGUGGGACUUUGGCGAGGUGGCAAGUAACGGCCGCGGGGUGAACGGAACUCAGGCCAACCUGCAUGGCACGGGCAUCGGCAGUUUCAACGACCGGUUCCGCGAUGCAGUGAUCGGGGGGUCGCCCUUCGGCAAUCCACAACAGCAGGGUUUCGCCUCGGGCCUCCUGCUGCUCCCCAACGAGUACGAGGAGAGCGAGAGGAAGCGGGAAUACAGCUCCAGCAGCAGUGGCAGCAGCAGCGGCAGCAGCAGUGGGGAGGAGAGCGGGGGCGAGGGGGGGUCAUCAGUAGCGUGGUGGCGGCGGCGACUGGCGGAGAGUGUGGAUGUGAUACAGGCGGGCAUGGCGGGCAACCUCAGAGAUUUUGCUUUCGCCUCUCAUGCCACUGGCACGCAGGUGACAUACGUGUCUGCGCAUGACAACGAGACACUCUUCGACAUCAUCACCAUCAAGGCAGCAGCAGCAGCAACCCCUCAGCAGCGCGUGGCAAUGAACCGAGUGGGCAUGGCGGUGGUGGCAUGGGGCCAGGGCGUGCCAUUCAUCCAUGCGGGUGACGACCUGCUGCGCUCCAAGUCGCUCGACCGCGACUCCUACAACUCGGGGGACUGGUUCAACCGUCCCUCAUCUUUCCUCUACCCUUCUCACUGCCCUUUUUCCUGCGUGCCCCUCCCACUGCUCCUCCCUGGGCGGGCCCCGACUGCUGUGCCCGGCAUGCAUGCUUGUGCUGCCAGGCUGGACUGGUCGGGUGGCAGCAGCAACUUUGGCGUGGGGCUGCCCCCGCAUGAGAAGAACGGCGACAAAUGGGACAUGAUGCGUCCACUCCUGGCGAACCAAUCGUUGCGCCCCACGUCAGCAGACAUAGGUGCCACGUCACGCUACCUGCGCAUGCUGCUGGAUGUGCGCUACUCCUCGCCGCUCUUCCGCCUGCCCUCGCUGGAGCUCGUUCAGGAGCGAGUGCGAUUCCUCAACGUGGGCCCCACAGCGCUGCCAGGGGUGAUAGUAAUGAGUGUGACUGAUGGCGACGCUGGCUCGGGCAUGGCCCAGCUGGACUCCAGUCGUUUCCGAAUGAUCGCCUUCCUUUUCCAAGCUCAAUCUGCUCCUUCCCUGCACCCCUCUUCACCCCUCUGCACCCCGCUGCACCACACUCAGGAGCAGCAUGGCAUGGUCCCAGCAGUGCAAGGAGCAGGCCCCUGGUUCCAAGCAGACACGGCCAUGCUGACUGUGCCACCACUGGCCGCCCUCGCCCUGGUGGAGAUGAGGGAGUGA